AUGGCCAAACCGUUGACGUUAGAUGAGAUUGUCGAGGCGUUGCAGGCCGAAGAAGACCAAGGUGAUAUAGACAGUGGUGAUGAAAAUGAAGCUAAUAUCCUUCAUCUUCCUAGUCGCAUGCUUCGAUCUCAAGUUGAGAUACAGAACCAGCCUUCCAUGUCUGGAGAAAAUCUUGACGAGGAAGAAGAAGAAUCCAUGCCUGCCCGAAAGAAAAUGAAGAAAAAAGAAAAUACAGUAAAAAAAAUGGCACGAUUAUGA